AUGAUGGCGGAACAGAAGGUGGCUCAGAUCAUCGUGCAAAGCUUGAUCAAUGCCAAUGCUAAGGUGGUCUUCGGUAUACCCGGAGCGAAAGUCGAUGCUGUCUUCGAUACUCUAUCAGAUCACCCCGAGAUUCGGCUCGUGGUGUGCCGGCACGAACAAAAUGCAGCAUUCAUGGCAGCCGCCGUUGGCCGCAUCACUGGAACACCCGGAGUCUGCAUUGCAACAUCUGGACCCGGCGCUGGCAACUUAACUACAGGCUUGGUGACAGCCACUACCGAAGGUGAUCCUGUUGUCGCCAUCGUUGGCUCCGUGCCCCGCCUGCUCAACACAAAGCACACACAUCAGUCUAUGAAAGCCUUGGACAUCCUCCGACCGACCGCCAAAUCUGCCACCAACAUUGACGUCGAGGAUCAGGCGGCGGAGGUUAUACUUGCUGCCUUCCGAACGGCCAAUGGCAACCCAAAGGGCAGCGCCGUCGUAUCUCUGCCGAUGGAUGUGGCAGCUGGGAAGUCUAAGAUCACGGCGUUCCCUGGCACAGCUUUCAAGGCGCCCCUGUAUGGCACAGCACCUUACACAGAUGUCAAGAAGGUGGCCAAGAUGAUCGAUGAGGCUAAGCUUCCAGUCCUUUUCCUUGGGAUGAGAGCUUCCAGCUCGGUAGUUGUCAGUGCAGUCAGAGAAUUUCUCAAGAAGCAUCCGAUCGCAGUGGUUGAGACAUUCCAAGCAGCUGGUGCCGUCCCGGAAAGCCUGGCUGAUCAAAUAUUCUUUGGCCGCGUUGGUCUCUUCCGCAACCAAAUUGGAGAUCGAGUGCUGGCAAAAUCAGAUCUCAUUAUCACCCUUGGUUACGAUCCUACCGAAUAUGACGCCAACUCGUGGAAUCCUCAUGGUGACCUAAACCUGGUUCACGUCGACUACACUUCCUGCGACUAUGGCGCAUACUACCAUCCUGAGGUAGAGCUUCUUGGGUCUGUACGGGAGAACAUUCUAGCCCUUGGCAAUGAGGUGACACAUGUUACGAACCCAGCCGAAGACGAAUUUUGCCAGGGCUUGACCAGGGAACUGCGCGCCUGGCAAAAGGAGUAUGAAGAACAGGAAGACCAACAUACGGGUCUCGUACAGCCGCUGCGGUUUAUAUCUGCGUUACAGAAACGCGUGUCGAAGGACACAACAGUGACGGUCGACGUUGGCACCGUCUAUAUUUAUAUGAUGCGAUACUUCUACGCCUACGAGCCGCGAAAACUGCUAUGCUCGAACGGUCAACAGACACUUGGAGUCGGCAUGCCAUGGGCCAUCGCAGCCUCACUGACUCAAGACCCACCGUGCUCGCAGAAGGUGGUGUCCUUAAGUGGCGAUGGUGGUUUCAUGUUCUCAUCCCAGGAGCUAUCGACUGCAGUACAGCAAGGCUGCAACAUCACCCACUUUAUCUGGAACGACGAAGCCUACAACAUGGUGGAGUUUCAGGAAGAAAUGAAGUACGGCCGCAGCAGUGGUAUCAAGCUGGGUGGCGUAGAUUUUGUCAAGUAUGCUGAGAGCUUUGGUGGCAAGGGAUUCAGGAUCAACAACACAUCCGAGAUCGAGAAGGUUAUGGACGAAGCUCUGGCACACAAAGGUCUGUCGCUGGUCGAUGUCAGGAUCGACUACUCUCAUGCGAAGGAUCUUUCGGGCAACCUCGUCAAGGACAGUGUCGGCUGA